CUGGCUGUGGGGCCCUGACAUUCUGCUGCCUGACCACAUGCAUUAUUUUUGAACUGGGCCCAACGUCCUGCCUUCAGCUCAGCCUCUUCACUUGUUCUUAGAUUUACCGUAGGUGGGGCUUUCAUUCUCUCCUCCAGCGCCUCAGCAGCAUUGGGAGCGUCCCACCGCCAUCCCUGCCUUGGAAACUGGUCGCCUCCUCUCCGCAAGGACGCAUAAUGUCUUUGCCUUUUUAUCAGCAGUCUCACCAGCACUAUGACUUCAGCUACCGCAACAAGGACCUACGCACCGCUAUGAGCCAGUACCAGCAGGAGAAGAAGCAUUCUGCUAUCUAUACCCAUGGCUCCACGGCCUACAGCAGCCGCUCCUCCGCAGCACACCGCCAGGAGUCAGAGGCCUUUAGUCAGGCCUCAGCCUCCUCCUACCGGCAGCAGGCCGCUCAGGCCUACCGUCUUGGAGCCUCCCAGUACUCCGUUGGGUCUGAAGUCAGUCGGAAGGCAGCCUCGGCCUAUGAUUACGGCUACUCCCAUGGACUUACAGAUUCCAGUCUGCUUUUAGAAGAUUAUUCAUCCAAGAUGAGCCCCAAACCCAAGAGAGCCAAACCGAGCCUUCUGUCUGGAAAGGACAAAGAAAACCUGUCAGGCGACUACAUGGUGCCUAUUUUCUCAGGGCGGCAAAUGCAUGUGGGUGGAAUUACAAACACGGAAGAAGAGAGAAUCAAAGAAGCUGCUGCGUACAUAGCCCAGAGGACUCUUCUUGCAAGUGAGGAAGCGAUCACAGCCUCCAAGCAGUCGACAGCAUCCAAACAGUCCAAAGUGUCCAAACAGGCCACAUCCACCCAUCAGCAGGAAGAAAUUUUUGAGAAGAAGUCAAGAAAAGUUGCACUUCGAGAAAAAGCAGAACAGUUGUCACUGAGAAAAACAUUAGAAGAAACUCAGGCGUACCAUGGAAAGUUGAAUGAAGACCAUCUACUACAUGCUCCUGAGUUUAUCAUUAAACCUCGUUCUCACACAGUUUGGGAGAAAGAGAAUGUAAAACUACACUGCUCUGUAGCAGGCUGGCCAGAACCUCGUCUCACAUGGUAUAAAAACCAGGUGCCAAUAAAUGUCCAUGCAAACCCUGGAAAGUACAUCAUUGAAAGUCGAUAUGGAAUGCACACUCUGGAGAUUACCGAAUGUGACUUUGAAGAUACCGCUCAGUACCGGGCCUCAGCAAUGAAUGUUAAAGGAGAGGUUUCGGCAUAUGCUUCAGUUGUGGUAAAGAGAUAUAAGGGAGAGUUUGAUGAUUCUCGUUUCUUCCAUGCUGGAUCAUCUACCAUGCCCCUCAGCUUUGCUGUGACCCCUUAUGGUUAUGCAUCUAAGUUUGAGAUCCACUUUGACGACAAGUUUGAUGUGUCUUUUGGGAGAGAAGGAGAGACGAUGAGUCUGGGCUGUCGUGUAGUCAUCACUCCUGAAAUUAAGCACUUCCAGCCAGAGGUCCAGUGGUACAGAAACGGAGAACCGAUUUCUCCAUCAAAAUGGGUGCAGCCGCACUGGAGUGGAGACAGGGCAACACUCACAUUCUCUCACCUCAACAAAGAAGACGAAGGCCUCUACACCAUCCAAGUGCGAAUGGGAGAGUACUAUGAGCAAUAUAGUGCUUAUGUCUUUGUGCAAGAUGCUGAUGCAGAGAUUGAAGGAGCCCCUGCUGCACCCCUGGAUGUGGUAUCCUUGGAUGCCAACAAAGAUUACAUCAUCAUCUCUUGGAAGCAGCCAGCCGUGGAUGGAGGAAGCCCUAUCUUGGGAUACUUUAUUGAUAAGUGUGAGGUGGGCACCAACAGCUGGUCUCAAUGCAAUGACACACCUGUGAAGUUUGCUCGGUUUCCAGUCACUGGUUUGAUAGAAGGUCGCUCCUACAUAUUCCGAGUUCGAGCUGUGAAUAAAACUGGAAUAGGCCUACCAUCUCGAGUGUCGGAGCCAGUAGCUGCUCUGGAUCCAGCUGAGAAAGCCAGACUUAAAAGUCGUCCAUCAGCACCCUGGACAGGACAGAUCAUCGUCACUGAAGAGGAGCCUACAGAGGGUAUCGUCCCUGGGCCCCCCACAGACCUCUCAGUCACUGAGGCCACUCGGAGCUAUGUAGUGCUGAGCUGGAAACCCCCUGGCCAGCGUGGUCAUGAAGGCAUCAUGUACUUUGUGGAAAAGUGUGACGUGGGAACAGAAAACUGGCAGCGUGUGAACACUGAGCUCCCGGUGAAGUCUCCUCGCUUCGCUCUGUUCGACUUGGCCGAGGGGAAAUCUUAUCGCUUCCGUGUACGCUGUUCAAAUUCAGCUGGAGUUGGUGAACCCUCAGAGGCAACAGAAGCGACCAUGGUCGGGGACAAACUUGAUAUCCCCAAGCCCCCUGGCAAAAUCAUUCCGAGCAGAAACACAGAUACCUCAGUGGUGGUUUCCUGGGAGGAAUCCAGAGAUGCCAAAGAGCUGGUUGGGUACUACAUCGAAGCCAGUGUUGUUGGCUCUGGCACGUGGGAGCCUUGCAACAACAACCCUGUGAAGGGCUCACGAUUUACUUGUCAUGGAUUGGUGACUGGGCAGAGUUACAUUUUCCGGGUCAGAGCAGUGAAUGCAGCUGGACUUAGUGACUAUUCCCAGGAUUCAGAAGCUAUUGAAGUCAAAGCUGCUAUUGAGCAACACAACAGGGUCUGGCUCACCGCAACUGUAGGGGAAGAGUGUGGAGAUGUGCGGCCUCCACUGAGUGAUACGCCUGGUGGACUAACAGACUCCAGGGGGGGUGUGCAUGGAGCCCCCCCACCAACCUCUCAGAAAGAUGCUUUGCUCAGUAACAAAUCUAACAAACCUUCACCACCCAGUAGCCCCCACAGCUGGGGCCAGUCAGAAGUGAGUAAAGUAAGUGAAUCAGUUCAGGAGGUGCUCACCCCACCGCCGCUCACCCCACCACAACAGAAGGCAGUUCCCAAGGAGCAAAGUAAAUCUGAGCCCCCGAAAAAGAAGAAGGACCCAGUAGCGGCGCCAUCUCCACCCUAUGACAUUACUUGUCUUGAAAGUUUUCGGGACUCCAUGGUUCUUGGAUGGAAGCAACCAGAUGAAACCGGAGGGGCAGAAAUCACUGGCUAUUAUAUAAACUAUCGUGAAGUAGUUGGUGGGGUGCCAGGAAAGUGGAGAGAAGCCAACAUCAAGGCUGUCAGUGAUGCAGCAUACAAGAUUAGUGACUUGAAGGAAAACAUGGUGUAUCAGUUCCAAGUGGCAGCCAUGAACAUUGCUGGGCUGGGAGCACCCUCAGCAGUAAGCGACAGCUUCAAAUGUGAAGAAUGGACCAUUGCUGUUCCAGGACCUCCACACAGUCUGAAAUACAGUGAAGUCAGGAAGAACUCCCUGGUUCUCCAGUGGAAGCCUCCAGUUCACUCUGGCCGGACUCCAGUCACUGGCUACUUUGUGGACCAGAAGGAAGCCAGUGCCAAAGAUGACCAAUGGAGAGGACUCAAUAAGGCGGCCAUUACGAACAAAUACCUGAAGGUGCAAGGCCUCAAAGAGGGAGUCAGCUAUGUGUUCCGUGUCCGUGCCAUCAACCAGGCAGGUGUCGGCAAGCCCUCUGACCUCGCUGGCCCUGUGGUGGCAGAAACCCGUCCAGGUACCAAAGAAGUUGUUGUAAAUGUGGAUGAUGAUGGAGUCAUUUCCUUGAACUUUGAGUGUGAUCAGAUGACUCCAAAGUCAGAAUUCGUCUGGUCUAAGGAUUAUGUACCUACUGAGGACUCUCCGCGAUUAGACGUCGAAAGUAAAGGCACUAAGACAAAAUUGACCUUCAAAGACCUCGGGACAGAUGACUUGGGUCUUUAUUCUUGUGACGUAACAGACACUGAUGGGAUAGCAUCCAGCUACUUGAUAGAUGAAGAAGAAAUGAAACGUUUGCUUGCCCUCAGCCAGGAACACAAGUUCCCAACUGUUCCUGCCAAAUCAGAGUUGGCAGUUGAAAUUUUGGAGAAAGGUCAGGUCCGGUUUUGGAUGCAGGCCGAGAAGCUCUCUGGGAAUGCCAAAGUCAACUAUAUAUUUAACGAAAAGGAAAUUUUUGAAGGGCCGAAAUACAAGAUGCAUAUUGACCGAAAUACUGGUAUAAUUGAAAUGUUCAUGGAAAAGCUACAGGAUGAGGAUGAGGGAACAUAUACGUUCCAGAUUCAAGAUGGAAAAGCAACCGGCCAUUCUACCCUUGUCCUCAUUGGAGAUGUUUAUAAGAAGCUCCAGAAAGAAGCUGAAUUCCAGAGGCAAGAAUGGAUCAGGAAACAAGGUCCACAUUUUGCUGAGUAUUUGAGCUGGGAAGUAACUGGUGAAUGUAAUGUACUAUUAAAAUGCAAGGUGGCAAAUAUUAAAAAAGAGACUCACAUUGUGUGGUACAAAGAUGAGCGGGAGAUAUCAGUGGAUGAAAAGCAUGACUUUAAGGACGGCAUCUGCACCCUGCUUAUAACAGAGUUUUCCAAGAAAGAUGCUGGAUUUUAUGAAGUUAUCCUGAAAGAUGACCGAGGAAAAGAUAAAAGCAGACUGAAGCUUGUGGAUGAAGCCUUCAAAGACCUGAUGACUGAAGUGUGCAGGAAAAUAGCUCUGUCGGCCACAGAUCUGAAAAUCCAGAGCACAGCAGAGGGCAUUCGGCUGUACUCCUUCGUCACUUACUACCUGGAUGAUUUGAAAGUUAACUGGUCCCACAAUGGGACUGGUAUUAAGUACACAGACAGAGUUAAGAGUGGGGUCACCGGGGAGCAGAUCUGGCUACAAAUCAAUGAGCCUACUCCAAAUGACAAAGGAAAAUAUGUCAUGGAGCUCUUUGAUGGUAAGACGGGACACCAGAAGACAGUGGACCUUUCCGGACAAGCAUUUGAUGAAGCCUUUGCUGAGUUCCAGAGGUUAAAACAAGCUGCCAUCGCAGAAAAAAAUCGGGCCCGGGUGUUGGGCGGUCUCCCCGAUGUCGUUACCAUCCAGGAGGGCAAGGCACUUAAUCUCACUUGCAGUGUGUGGGGCGACCCACCCCCAGAGGUGUCUUGGCUGAAGAACGAAAAGCCACUGGCCUCGGAUGAUCACUGCAACCUCAAAUUUGAGGCCGGGAAGACUGUCUUCUUCGCCAUCUCAGGCGUGAGCACUGCAGACUCUGGAAAGUAUGGGCUGGUAGUGAAGAACAAGUUCGGCUCAGAGACCAGCGACUUCACUGUCAGUGUGUUCAUCCCAGAGGAGGAGGCCAGGAAGGGCACCUCAGAGGCCCAGAAAGCCAGCCAGAAGUCCAAGUGAAUGGAGACAGAGCGAUCUAUGAGGAGAGCCUGGACCAGCCGAGCCAACUGUGCUGCUUGUGUGAAAAUGAUCUGGGUUACAGAUGAGGAAGCCCUCCAGGCUUCCCCUCCAUUUUUUGUGCUGGCUUGGGGGAGAGAGGAUUGUCAAAUCUUUUAUUCAUAUAAAUAUGAAGUAUUGGUUAAUGAUACCUUAAUGGUUAUUAUCUUCAAUUUAUAUAGCACAAACUUUAGGAAAUAGUUUCAAAGAGAAGGCCAAAAAAUGUUGAAGUGAUGAUGGUCAGAAAGCAUAGAAGUGAUGUGGGGCAGAGUUCGGGUUGGAUGAAAUUUUGCCAUUAAGUUCUUAAAGUCUAUGUCUACACUUGCAAAAUGGAGGCAAAGCUGUUUAGGGCCAUGAGUGUGGUUGGUCACUAGUGGUUAAGGUAGUGAUGGUAUAUUUCCGUUGGCAGCCUUGCGAUGUGGCCUCCUCAGUGUGAAUAAACAGUCUCCCACCUU